GAACGUCCCCAAGCGAAAGGCUUCUUGGUGGAUGGUUUUCCGCGUAAUCAGGAUAAUUUCGAAGGGUGGAUGCGUGAGAUGGGCAAUAAAGCGAAAGUGCAUUUUGUUCUCUACUUGUCGUGUCCUGAAGAUGUAUGUCUUGUGGCCAUGUACGGUAGUGUAUUGUAUAACGGUAUUCCAGGUGUGCACGUAUCGUUGUCUGCAUCGUGGCCAAGGGCGUACGGACGACAACGAAGAAUCACUGAGAAAACGCAUUCAGACCUAUCAUAA